AUGCACCUGCGUCCACCGCCUCAUCUACUGCAGCUCCGUGAACAGCAGCAGCCCCCUCCAAUAUCUCAGAAGCAGCGCGGGAGCAUAUCAAGAGAAGCAGGAAAGCGAUCAGGGAAAGAUGGCAUUUAUACUGCGAUGAGUGUUCAGCAACAGAACAACUGGGGUGGUGUACACCGUUACCACAAUUGA